AAAAACAUCUCUGACUCUGAAGGAAAGCCUCACACGCUUCGCAAUAACAGAAUCAAACCGCACACUCAAAACAGUAUCUUCCCUUCUAAUUCAUUAGAGCCACUUUUCACUUGGGCUUCUACGGCGGCCAGCGGCUUUUCUAUCUACACACUGCUCCUCUCCCUCUCUAAAAUAUCUCCGUUUCUAGUGAACAUAGGGCUUUGCUUUUCCUAAAAAGCCAUGUCUAUUACUCCUCUCCAGCCAAAUUUCCAACCAUGCGCCGCCGCCUCCCUCUCUUCGUCAACCUCUCUCUUCCCGUCCUCUUCGUCUUUUCGUGUAAUUACUUUAAGACCUUCAAUUUCGUCUCUUAGACCUGUUGUUUGUUGCCUAUCGCAGUCUCAGGUCUCAGUUGUUAAUGGCAGAAUCGAUGACAGAGUUUCUGACAGGAAUGAGAUUCGUCUCGGUUUGCCUAGUAAAGGCCGCAUGGCCUCCGACACUCUUGAUUUGCUCAAGGACUGUCAACUGUCCGUCAAGCAGGUCAAUCCACGACAAUAUGUUGCAGAAAUUCCUCAGCUCUCCAAUUUGGAAGUCUGGUUCCAGCGACCCAAAGACAUUGUACGAAAGUUGUUAUCAGGAGAUUUGGACCUUGGAAUUGUGGGGUUUGAUACAGUCAGUGAAUAUGGAAAAGGGAAUGAAGAUCUUAUCCUUGUUCAUGAUGCUCUCGAGUAUGGGGAUUGCCGUUUAUCCCUUGCAAUUCCUCAAUAUGGAAUUUUUCAAAAUAUAAAUUCAAUGAAGGAGCUAGCCCAAAUGCCUCAAUGGACUGCUGAGAAACCCCUGCGAGUUGCUACUGGCUUCACUUAUCUGGGUCCUAAGUUUAUGAAGGAAAAUGGGCUGGAGCAUGUGACAUUUUCAACUGCUGAUGGAGCAUUGGAAGCUGCUCCUGCGAUGGGAAUAGCUGAUGCUAUUUUGGACCUUGUGAGUAGUGGAACAACGUUAAGAGAAAACAACCUGAAAGAAAUUGAAGGUGGAGUUCUAUUGGAGAGCCAGGCUGUUCUUGUUGCUAGCAGGAAAUCAUUAAUGCAACGGCAGGGUGUGCUGGACACAACACAUGAGAUUCUUGAAAGGUUGGAGGCGCAUUUGAGGGCAAUUGGUCAGUUCACGGUGACUGCAAACAUGAGAGGAAGUAGUGCAGACGAAGUGGCAGAACGUGUUCUGAGCCAGCCAUCACUUUCUGGGUUGCAGGGGCCUACUGUAAGUCCAGUUUACUGCAAACGUGAUGGAAAAGUUUCACCAGAUUAUUAUGCCAUAGUCAUUUGUAUCCCAAAAAAGGCAUUAUACAAGUCUGUGCAGCAACUGAGAGCGAUUGGAGGAAGUGGAGUUUUAAUUUCUCCUAUAACCUACAUUUUCGACGAAGAGACUCCAAGGUGGCGGCAGCUUCUUUCAAAACUUGGGUUGUAGCUCCUGUGGUCAUUUGUCGUUACCACGUCUGUCUUUUUGUUUUUUGGAUGAACCGUUAGCACUUCUGUUUACAGUUGUAUUGCUUCUUUGUAUUGCUUCUUGAAAUACCUGGUCUGUCCAUUAGGUACAUCUUCUGUUAGUGGGCAUAUUUUAUGAGCGGUUAGCAGGACUUGAGUUGCUUAAAGAAUUUUUGUAUCUCAUGAUUUGAAUUUUUGCAUUAGAAUUUGUAAAUUAAUAAAAUAAAAUAUUUAGUUAAA